AUGUUAGGUAAUGCUCCUCCUGCCGGUGCUGCUACUGCCAUUGUUGCCGUAGUUGUCACAAGCUACCUCUUGUGGGGUCAAGGCUUGUCUCCUUCUGUCACGGGCUUGGCUUGCGCCGAUGGCGCCGACAUCGGCUCCCACCGAUCCCAGGUUGCUGGGCAGCUGCAGGGCUAUGUAUUGAUUUGGACCGAGGAUGGACACGGAAAGUUUCGGGCGACCCUGGCGGCCGAUGGGCAAAGCUUUAGCGGUACAGCUCAGUUGGAUGCCGCCAUCAGCCUCGAAUUUCAAGCUUUGCGCCUGCCGGAGCAGCAGGGAGAAGGUGACCAUGAGUAUGUCUUCAGCCACGAGGGGGAGUCCCUGCGGUGUUCUAAGCAACUCUUGGAGGAGCACGUUCCCAAGCUUCUGCAGAUGGUGUCCACUGCUGGUCCCAUUUCUUCCAGCGACUUGCUAAAGAGUUGUCCACUGGAAGCAGCGGUUCACAAUAGGCUUCUACCCCUGCUUCGCGCCCUGGGACAUCCGCAGGGUCACGUCACAGUGCAGAACGCAGUGCACAUCUUGAGCUUGGCGGAUUGGCUGGGCUGUGCUGAUGCAACUCUCCAGGCGCUGGCUGGUGCAGUGUCGACCUCUCUGGUGCCAGACAUGUUGAGGGCAGCAGGAAGCGAGGCACCAAGUGUGGAAUUGGUACUUCAGCGAAACCUCUUAAUCCACGAUACUGAGGCCAUUGAGGCUCUGGUCAAGGACGAGCAGAGCUGGACGGAACUUUGUGGGCCCGCUGUCCUGCGAUGCUUGCGGCGUUUGGGCCAGACAGAUCCUGAAGGUUUGAGGCUGAGCCGUGCUGGUUCUGCAGCCAUUGCCUUGGGUCUUCCCUUGAAGGAGGUUCACACUGCCAUGCCAUCGCGACUGCGCUUUGGUCCCGGUGCCAAGAACCUCUUCCUGGACCUGCACAAACGAGGUAUUGGUCCAGAAGGCGCUGCCAGGCUGGAGUUUCCCAGCAGUCUCAGGGACUUAGACUUGGACCUGACACGUUGCAACAUCCGUGCGGUGGGCGCCGCAGCCCUCCGUUUCCCAUCAGGGCUGCAGAGGUUACGACUCAUCCUGCACAAGUGCGAUAUUGGCCCGGAGGGCGCCAAGGCCUUGUCAUUGCCUUCAUCGCUGGAACGUUUGGAGAUGGAUCUGUCGCACUGCCUGAUUGGCCCCAUCGGUGCUACGCAUUUGCAGUUGCCCCGGGGUCUUGUGGAGUUGGACCUGGUUCUCUUGCGCUGUGGCAUCGGGGCCAAAGGAGCCAAGGCCUUGAGUUUGCCUGAUGGCCUUCAGACACUACGAUUGGACCUGGCAAAAUGUGAACUUGGAGUCGACGGCUUGAAAGGCUUAAAGCUUCCGCCACGGCUCACCUCCUUGAACUUGGAUCUCACGAUGAAUGCUCUGGGCUUGGAUGCCAUCAAGGCCUUUCUGUUGGCCUUGCCCAAAUCCUUGGAGGCUUUGGAGAUGACACUCACAGGCUGCAAGAUCCCUGCUGCACAGAUCUCGCAACUGCAGCAGGUGGCUCGGCGGCGGACCAACGUGACCAGUCCAACCUUUGUGACAUGA